AAAAAUACGUAAGCAUAUCCAAUAAAAGCCCAAUCGAUAAUGAUAAACAGUAGGUGACAUCUAAAAAAAAUAAAUUAUUUGCCUAUGUUAUUAUUAUUAAAUACAUAUAGCAAUAUCUAUAAAGCAUGUGUUAAGACAAACCGGAAAAAUUUAUCAUUAAUUAUAUUUCCACCAUAUGGCCAAAAGAAUUAAUUUAUUCUACCAAAUAAUAAAAUUUACUGAUAAAAUCGAAUAAGCCCCCUAUAUAAGCAACGGGCCCACAAUAGAGUUUACUUUUCUUUGUGCAUGACAACGUAACCGAAGAAAAAUGAAGCUGCUCCUACUAUCCCCAGUUUUAUUAAUUUUUGUGUUAAAUGAAUCCUGUUCACGACAAAUCAACCCCAACGUUAGAGCUUACUCCAAAUUCAAUCAAAAACAACUAUACGAAAUGCUUAAAACCGGGAAGCUUCCCCUUGGAAAGAAAAAUUGCUUUCUGUUUAUGGGAGAAAGCUGUGCAAACAGGGGUAUUCCUGGUUCAGGCGCUGAUAGCGAUUGGUUAAACAGCAAUUUUGUCCCUGGAAAAAGGUAUCCUCAUGCUGGGGUGUUUGGAAGGAUCAAUGCAGGUUCCACACCCCACAAAAGACGUUUUAGGAUGAAUUUAAUAGGCGAUAGCAACAGAGCUAUACCUGGAGCAGGCUCCGAUAUAGAAUGGAUAAGCAGUGGUAACGCACCAGGCAAACGACGCAUUUUAAGGUGUUUAAAUAUGAUGGGAGAAAGCUGCGAAAAUGGAGGUGUUCCUGGUGCAGGCGGGGAUGACGAAUGGAUAAACGGUGGCGGAUCAUUUAUCGGCAAAAGAAACUUAGGAGACUCAUGUUUGAACACCAUGGGAGAUAAUUGCGAUAACGGUGGAGUUCCUGGAGCUGGUGGAGAUGAUGAUUGGAUUAAUGGUGGAGGCACUCCAGGUAAAAGAAGCCUGGGAGAUUCGUGUUUGAACACCAUGGGAGAUAAUUGCGAUAACGGUGGAGUUCCUGGAGCUGGUGGAGAUGAUGAUUGGAUUAAUGGUGGAGGCACUCCAGGUAAAAGAAGCCUGGGAGAUUCGUGUUUGAACACCAUGGGAGAUAAUUGCGAUAACGGUGGAGUUCCUGGAGCUGGUGGAGAUGAUGAUUGGAUUAAUGGUGGAGGCACUCCAGGUAAAAGAAGCCUGGGAGAUUCGUGUUUGAACACCAUGGGAGAUAAUUGCGAUAAUGGUGGAGUUCCUGGAGCUGCUGAAGAUAGUGCUUGGAUAAAUGGUGGAGGCACUCCAGGUAAAAGAAGCCUGGGAGAUUCGUGUUUGAACACCAUGGGAGAUAAUUGCGAUAAUGGUGGAGUUCCUGGAGCUGGUGGAGAUGAUGAUUGGAUUAAUGGUGGAGGCACUCCAGGUAAAAGAAGCCUGGGAGAUUCGUGUUUGAACACCAUGGGAGAUAAUUGCGAUAAUGGUGGAGUUCCUGGAGCUGCUGAAGAUAGUGCUUGGAUAAAUGGCGAAGCUUCUUUCAUCGGCAAAAGAAAUUCGCUUUCAUUACCUCAGUAACAAACACAUAAUACAUUCCACAUUUGAUUUAAAGCAUACUUUGAUGUAUUGCAAAUAUUGCAAAUUGUUUUUUAUUACAAAUAAAGUAUUUAAAUUCGUGAUUUAAUAAUAUUUCGUUACACAUU